ACAUUUUUGGUUUACCCGUCUUUGGUAAACUCAAUUACUGGUUGAUAAACAACAAUGGUAAUGGAUUUGUUGGAGAAAUGAAAACGACUCCUAACUGUACACUCGAUUCAUGUCAUUAAUGUCGUUUUUUGGCUUUUUUUUACAUCUUUAGUUCACAUGAAGCACAAUAUUACAUAAAAUAAUCUCUCUCCAUCUUCAUUUCCUCUUUUGUUGUCUCUUAUUACUCUUUAGAUUUACAACUACUAGAUUGCAUUUACAGCAAAUUUCUUCAAUAUUAUAGCUUCUAAAUUCCAGUUUUUUUUUUCCCUUUUAAACUUUUCUUUUAAAAAUUUCAUCUUCUUUCUUCCUCCUGUGGGUUCUAAAAAGGGUUUUGCUGUGAAAUUUGCAAUCUUGGGUUUUAUCUCUGAAUAUUUACUUCCUGAAACUAAUACCCAGUUGUAGAAUUUCGCCAUUGUUGAAAAUCUUUGAGUUUGUGGGUGUGUGAAUAAACUAUGCAUGAUUAAGCUAUGGCUGGAACUUCAGCUUUACUGUCUUCUUCUAUUCUGAACAUAAAUGAUGCUGCUCUUGAGUAUGUUACUAAUGGUUCAGUUGGUAAGAGUUCAAAUACUCCGCUGAAUGAGGAUCAGGCCCAUUGGUUCUCUCCCAAGGCGAGCAAUCACAUUGAAGCUGGAAACUUGGAAUACUAUGGCAGAGGUGAUGGUGCUUUUACUUACAAAUUUCAGCUUGAGGAAGAUGUUCAAAGUUUACAGCAGCAGUUGCAGGAGGAGAAGGAAAUUCAUGCGACUUUGGAACAUGCUGUGGAAAAUAAUUUCAAGGAACUGCCUACUCGAUCACACUUUCCUAAGCACACAGUUGAGCUUUUGUCCAGUAUAGCAGCAUUAGAGGCCUCAAUUUCAGAACUCGAAGAAGAGAUGAUCUCUCUCCAUUACCAACUCAGUCAAGAAAGAAAUGAAAGGAGACUUGCCGAGUACCGUUUGCAACAUUCUUCUUCCAAGAAGACAGCUUCAACUUCUUGGCAGGAGUCUCAUUCAUCUCCAGAAAUGCAUCCCAAGUAUAGUAGGCCUAUGAAUAUCGGAAAACCCACGGAGGAGCUUUCUCACAAGGGCUUAUGGAAUCAUCCUAAUCGAUUAUCAGAGGAGAUGGUGAGAUGCAUGAGGAGUAUAUUCAUCUCUUUAGCAGAAUCCGCCCCUUCGUCAAGCUGUACCACGACAGAUACCCCGAGUUCAGCUCAUACCCAUUCUUCUAAUGCACCAUCAUGGUCAUUAUCUGAACACUUGAUGGUUCCUAUGUGGGCGAAAAGCCCACAAAUUGAUCUUCCCCGUGAUUCUGAGGUGCUAGGAACAGAAAAUACUUUUGACCCUUAUAGAGUCAGUGGAAAGUUGAGUUGGCUGGAGAUUGGAAGAUAUGGAUUGGCAACUGAAGUUUCCUGGAUGUCAGUUGGGAAAAGGCAGCUGGAGUAUGCAGCAGGAUCACUACGGAGAUUCAGGAUACUUGUUGAGCAAUUGGCUAAAGUGAAUCCAAUCCUCCUGAGCAGUGAUGAAAAGCUGGCUUUCUGGAUCAACUUAUAUAAUGCGUUGAUUAUGCAUGCUUAUCUGGCAUAUGGGGUCCCACGAAGUGAGAUGAAGUUUUUUUCGCUGUUGCAAAAGGCAGCUUAUACAGUCGGCGGCCAUUUAUUUAGUGCUGCUGUCAUCGAGUACGUGAUCCUGAAGAUGAGACCACCUAUUCACCGCCCUCAAAUUGCUCUCCUCCUCCCUCUUAACAAGCUAAAAGUAUCAGAGGAGCAAAAACAAUUCACUAUCGAUUCUUAUGAACCAUAUGCGGCAUUUGCCCUCAGCUGUGGGAUGUACUCGUCACCUGCAGUUCAGGUGUUCACAGCGAAGAAUGUCAGAGAUGAACUUGAAGCAGCACAACGUGAUUUUAUAAGGGCUUCAGUUGGUGUGAGUAGCAAAGGCAAGUUGUUGGUGCCAAAGAUGCUACACUGCUUUGCCAGAAAUCAUGUAGAUGAUUCAAAACUUGCUCAGUGGAUAUCGCGUUACCUACCUCAGGAGCAAGCUGCUUUCAUCGACCAACACAUAACUCAAAAGCGGCUGAAACUUUUUGGUUCUCGGAAUUGUGCUGUCCUUCCUUUUGAAUCAAGGUUUCGCUACCUAUUUUUGCCUGAAAUAGUUUACCAGUAACCAGCACGCUUUUUUCAUUCAGCAUUGAUUCUGCUAUAUAGCACAUGUCAGGCUUAAAUGCUACCCAGGCCUGCAAUGUAAAUCAGGAAUAGGAGGGUAUAGACUAUAGAGUGGGGACUGGGGACAAUGGGUGCUUUUUUUUCCUUAGGAGUAAAAUUUACAUGGACUUUCUGGUAAAUAUAAAUGUAUAUACAUAUUCAGUGUAAUUGCAAUAUUAUCAGUGCUAAUAAAUUUAGUUUCUCCAA